UCCUGAUGCAGAAGAAUUUUAACAAGGGGAAGCAUAGAGAUUGGGGAAUGAGUUCAUGGUGACACAGCCUUUGGAUGGAUGCUGGAUAGAGUUGAGAUUUAAGACUGUGACCCAGAAGGAUAGGACACCUCUAACUAGGACAAAAUAUCUAGAGCAAAGCUGAGCAUUAAUCAUCUCUACUUCAAGAGAGUGUUCACCCUGCCUCAUUCAUGAAACAUUUUUCUUUCUAGGAAUCCAGUCCUUUGACUUGAAGGAAACUCUGGCAGCAGAGAGAAGAACCUCUUUGGCUGUCUUGGAACCUGUCUGGAAGCAGCAGUCAAAGAUGGAAAAGCAAGGCUCAGCUGGCCUUGAGUUAGCAAAGGGUGAUCCAUGUCUUCAAGGUGGGAUCAGUGGGAAGUUCUGCCCAGAAACCACACAGAAGAGUCUGGCAGAAGAUACAUUAAAUUCAGAGAUAAAGCAGGAGCAUUUUAAGCAAUUCUCUUACAAGGAUGCCGACAGCCCCCGAGAGGUUUGCAGCCAACUCCAUGCUCUUUGCCAUCAGUGGCUGCAGCCAGAGAGACACACCAAAGCCCAGAUCCUGGACCUAGUGAUCCUUGAGCAGUUCCUGACCAUCCUUCCCCCAGAGAUGGCAGCCUGGGUCAGGGAAUGUGGGGCAGAGACCAGUUCCCAGGCAGUGGCCCUGGCUGAAGGCUUCCUCCUGAGCCAGGCAGAGGAGAGAAAGCAGGAAAAGCAACAGGAGCUCAUUAUAGAAGAGGCUGGUGAUUUUCCUGUGGCAGAGAAGGCUCUCUCAGACUCUGGAGAGAGAGUCCUGUGCAAGUGGAUGGUACAGCCAGAUGAGAGAAGCAUCACCAUAAUGGGCAAUGAAACACAGCCAUGGUCAAUAGAGCCCAGCUCCUCUCUUCCUUUUCACAGACUGAGACCAGCUUCUGUGACCCUGGAUCAGGUGUCCUUUGAAGAGGUGGCUGUGUAUUUCAGCGAUGAAGAGUGGGACUUUCUGGAUCCAGACCAAAGGUCUCUGCAUUGUGAAGUCAUGGAGGAGAAUUUGGAAAUUGUGGCCUCCUUAGAUGAUGAUGUGAAUGAGAAUGAAAAAGGAAGUGAAUGCCUUUGUCUUGAAUAUGGGACAAGCUUCAGCUGUAGAGAAAACCUUAAUCACACAGAAGAACAAUCUUAUGAACAUGGUGAGAGUAGUUAUAGGAAAACACUGAUUUCCCAUGAAACCUUCCAAAUAACAGAGAAAACUUUUCAACAUUGGAAAUCUGGCAAGAAUUUUGAGCAUAGGACACAGUUUGUGUCACACCAAGGAGUGCACUCAGGGGAGGAGUCAUUAAUAGGCUUGGACAGUGGAAAGAGCCCAAGUCAGGAGACACAACAGACUUACUAUGAAGCAGGACAUACAGGUAAGAAACCUUGGAGGAUGAGCCUCAUUCAUCAUCAAGCAACUCACACAGGAGAGAAACCAUUUAAAUGUUUUUAUUGUGCAAAGAACUUCAGGAAGAAAGUAACCCUUAUCCGGCAUUAUGCAGUUCAUACAAGGGAGAAACGAUUUAAAUGCCUGGAAUGUGGAAAGCAAUUCAACCGAAAGGAACACUUAGCUUCCCAUCAAGCAACUCACACAGGGGUGAAACUUUUUAAAUGCUUGGAGUGUGGAAAAGGUUUCACUGGGAAGAGUAGCCUUGUUCGUCAUCAAUUAACUCACACAGGGGAGAAACCAUUUCAGUGCGUGCAAUGUGAAAAGAGGUUCAGUUCGAAGUCAGGCUUCAUAUGUCAUCUAAUAACUCACACUGGGGAGAAACCAUUUCAGUGCUUGCAUUGUGGAAAGAGGUUCGUUAGGAAGAAUAGCCUUGCCUGUCAUCAAUUAACUCACACCGGGGAGAAACCAUUUCAGUGCUUGGAAUGUGGAAAGAAUUUCGGUAAGAAGGCCUACUUGACUACUCAUCAAGCAGUUCAUUCAGGAGAGAAACCAUUUCAGUGCUUGCAAUGUGGAAAGAGUUUCAGCUCGAAGUCAGGCAUCACACGUCAUCAAAUAACUCACUCUGGGGAGAAACCAUUUCAGUGCUUGGAGUGUGGAAAGAAUUUUAGUAGGAAGAGUAGCCUUAAUUCUCAUCGAUUAACUCACACAGGAGAGAGGCGAUUUCAGUGCUUGGAGUGUGGAAAGAGUUUCAGUAGGAAGACUACCCUUGGUCAUCAUCAAUUAGAACAUACAGGGGAGAAACCCUUUAAAUGCUUGGAGUGUGGAAAGAGUUUCAGUGGGAAGGGUAACUUUGCUCGUCAUCAGUUAACUCACACAGGGGAGAAACCAUUUCAGUGUUUGGAAUGUGGAAAGAGUUUCAGUCAGAAGGUCCACUUCACUGCUCAUCAAGCAGUUCAUACAGGGGAGAAACCAUUUCAAUGUCAGGAAUGCGGAAAGAGUUUCAGUCAGAAGAGUUACCUUAAUCGUCAUCAAUUAGAUCACACAUUGGAAAAAGUAUUUAAAUGUUAGGAGUGUGGAACGAGUUUAACUCAGAAGGGAGAAGUUGCUGUUUAUCCAUUAACUCGUAUAGGGGAGGCACCAUUUAAAUGUCCAGAAUGUGAAAAGAAUUUCAGUACCUUGGUGUAGAAAAUUUUAAUUAUUAGUCAGUACCUUAGGAUGAGAAGUUUCAGUCAGGAGAUGAAAUUCACUUUUCAUCCAUCAAAAGAGGCUGGCAGGAACCAAGAACUCAUUAAGGAAAUUUCUGAGGCAAACAUUGUAGGUAAAGUAAGAGAUCACUACAGUAACCAAAAAAACAAGCAAAAAUAAAGUACAUAAGUAGUGGCCAGAAAAAAACCUAAAGUAUUUUCUGAUGUAAAACUUGCAAGUUAAAAUAAAAGUUAGACAGUCA